AUGGCCGCCCUGAGGCUGAUGAGAAAAUGGAGCGUUCCAUUGGCAACAGCCGUUGCCGCGCCACUCUUCACGCCGGUUGUCCUCGCGGAGUCAGACAAGAAGGACACGCAAGCAGCCUCUUCUCGUUUAGUUCGACCCUCAGACCUGCCCAUCUAUGAAUCGCCAGAUGAAGUCCUGGACUUCGAAUAUCAUGGGCGGGAGAGGACGGCCCUGGAGGAAAACAUCAGCGUCGUGAGGAAGGAAGUGGAAGGCGUCAUCGAUGCGACACGGGCCACCAGGGAGAAAAUAGUGUAUGUUUGUGAGACUGGCAAGGCACAUACCAUGGCCACAGUGGAAAUGCUGAAAGAACUUAAGCCAUCACCAGAAAUUAAUGUGGAGCCUGGUAUUGGGAUUAUACCUUCAGGGUGCCAAUGUUACAGCCUUUAUAAUGCAGCCACAUGCUCUUCAGAUGUAGGAAAAAAGACUGUAUUGUAUGGCAACUACUUUUUCUCGACCAGUGCUACUGUUGACUACAUAACAGAUGAAGAGAACGUGUUACCUCGUGCUGGAGCAAUCACUGUGGGUGGCCUGACUGGUCUGGUCAUUGGUAGGAAAGGAGGGUUCUUGAGGAAGGUGCUCUACACCUCAGCUGGUGCACUAACUGCUGCUUCUCUGUGCUACCCUCGCCAUGCUUACCAGCUUUCUCAGAAGGUAUUUGAGAAUGCAAAGGACGUCGGUACUAUCGGCUAUAAUUUUGUUGCUGGAGUGAAACCCCAAAACAAAAUUCCAAGUGCACCAGCUGAGCCCUCCAAAGAAGAACCUCCAGCAGUUGUACCAGAUGCCCCUCCAGCACCAGAAGCAGCACCUGGAACAGAACUUGAAAGUGGAGAGACGGAUGUAACAGUGUGGGGAUUUAGACUAACGGACAAAGCCAGCAAAGAGCCAGGUGUCAAGGAGAGCGAGGCUCCUACCGCCAAAUCCUCUGUGCCGGAAGGAUUUGGUACGGUUUCCGAAGUCCAGGAGCCUCAAGUUGCACCCAGUUCUGAACAAGUAGAAGAGAUAAAGGAACUGGUUGAAGUACCGGCUAUUGCUGAGGCAAAAGAACCUGAAGUGGUACAGGAAGUGACAUUAGAAUUGGAAAAAGACACUGAAGUUUUACACGUAACAGAGGAACCCAAGGAUACAGUAGUGGCACCUGCAGUAACAGAAAUAACACCUGUCUUAAUAGAACCUGAGCUUGAAGUAACCCCCCCAGCUUUAAAAGAACAUGUGCUAGAUGUAACCCCUGCUGUAGGAGAACCUGACCUAGAAUCUAAACCUGCUGAAACAGAGCCUGAGCUAGAAGGGAAACCUGCUGAAACAGAAUUAGUGACUGAAGUAAAACCCACUGAAACCGUUCCUGUGCCAGAAGUGAAACCCAUUGAAAUGGAGCCUGAACCAGAAGUGAAACCCACUGAAACAGUUCCUGAGCCAGAAGAGAAACCUGAAAUUGCUGUUGAGCCUGAAGUAAAACCUGCUGAAACUGCACCUGAACCAGAAGAGAAACCUGCUGAAACUGUGCUUGAGCCUGAAGUGAUUCCUGUUGAAACUGUUCCUGAGCCUGAAGUGAAACCUGCUGAAACUGUGCCUGAGCCAGAAGAGAAACCUGCUGAACCUGUGCCUGAGCCUGAAGUGAUUCCUGUUGAAACUGUGCCUGAGCCAGAAGUGAAACCUGCUGAAACUGCACCUGAACCAGAAGAGAAACCUGCUGAAACUGUGCCUGAGCCUGAGGUGAAACCUGCUGAAACUGUGCCUGAGCAUGAAGUGAAACCUGCUGAAACUGUGCCAGAACCAGAAGAGAAACCUGCUGAAACUGUGCCUGAGCCUGAAGUGAAACCUGCUGAAACUGUGCUAGAACCAGAAGAGAAACCUGCUGAAACUGUGCCUGAGCCUGAAGUGAAACCUGCUGAACCUGUGCCUGAGCCUGAAGUGAUUCCUGUUGAAACUGUGCCGGAACAAGAAGUGAAACCUACUGAAACCAUUCCUGAAUCUGAAGUGAAACCUGCUGAAACUGCACCUGAGCCUGAAGUGAUUCCUGUUUUAACUGUGCCAGAACCAGAAGAGAAACCUGCUGAAACUGUGCCUGAGCCUGAGGUGAUUCCUGUUGAAACUGUGCCAGAACCAGAAGAGAAACCUGCUGAAACUGCACCUGAGCCUGAAGUGAUUCCUGUUGAAACUGUGCCAGAACCAGAAGAGAAACCUGCUGAAACUGUGCCUGAUCCUGAAGUGAAACCUACUGAAACUGUACCUGAGCCAGAAGCACCAUCAGAUCCUGAAGUAACGGGAAAAUCAGAAGUGAAAGAGGCUGAGGUGGCACCCAGCGAUGACAGUAUCCGGAAAGUAGGUCUGGUGAAUAUAAUUAUCCAAUACUUUUCCAAGGAGAAAGAACCAGUAAAAGAGGUUGUAGUUGAGGUUGGAGAAAAAGUAGAGGAAAAGAUUGCAGAAGCAGUCAGUGAGUCGGCAGAAAUCGUUGAGAAAGAAGCAGAUAAAGUUAUUAAAGAAGCAGAGGUAGUUGAAGAGAUCGGAGAGAAGGUGGAAUCUGCAGUACAGUUUGUAGAGGAAGCUGCAGAUGCUGCUGCCAAAGCUGCCCAUGAUACUCCUGGUAUUCCUGAAUCUGUUGCAGAGAAAGCUGAAGAGACAAAGGAAAUUGCUGAAAAGGUGGAAGAGGUCAUUGGUACAGUAGAGUUUGUUGCAGAGAAGGUUGAGGAAAUUGCAGAGGAGAUUAAAAAGGAAGCAGAGGCUAUUGAAAGUAAAGCGGUUGAACUGAUAGAGAGCAAAGAAAAGAGAGAAGAACUCAUAGAAAAAGCCAUUGAUUAUGUGACUAGUAAGAUACACGAGGAAUUGGAAAGUGCAGAAGUCAAGAAACCAGAAGCAGAAGAACCUGUUGCAGUUGCAGAUGUCAAAGAACUUGAAGUUGCAUCUGUUGAAGAAGGAAAGCCAGUAGAAGCAAAGGAGCCAGAAGUGCCAGCACCUGAGGGAAUGGAAACUCAGGAAAAUCUUUCUGCUGUAACUGAAGAAAAAGAGGCAAUAGUGGCACCAGUUGAAGAACUGAAGGAGGCUGAAAUAACCACAGAGAAGAGUGAUGAAAAGAUUGGUUUGGUUGAUAAGCUAAUCCAGAUCUUCUCCAGUGAGGAUGAAAAACCAGUGGUAAAGGAAGCUGUUGCUGAAGUUGGAGACAAAGUGGAGGAAGAAGUUACAAAAGUGGAGAGUGAAGUAUCCCAAGAAGUGGAGAAGGAUGCAGCAGAUGUAUCUACAGCAGCAGACAUUGUGAAAGAAGAAGUGAGCACAGAGGAACCUGCAGUGGCACCAGUUGUUGAAGUUGCACAGUCUGAAAUACUUGUAACAGAAGAGCAGCAGCCACAAUCAGCACCUGUUACAGAAGAAAAAGACUCAACAUUGGUUCAUGAGGAUAAAACGCCAAAAGAGAGAGUAGGUUUAGUUGAUAAAAUAGUGCAGUUCUUCUCCAAGGAGGAUGAAAAACCUGAGCCUGUAAAGGAGGUUGUAGAAACCCUGGUAAAGGAAGCUGCUAUUGAGGGUGGAGAAAAGGUCGAGGAAAAAAUUGCAGAAGCUGUUAGUGAUGUAGCAAAAGAAGCUGAGAAAGAAGCAGAUGAAACAUUAAAGGUAACUGAAGUAGUGGAAAUGGUGAGUGAAAAGGUGGAAUCAGCUGUAGACAUUGUAGAAGAAGCUGCAGAUGCUGCUGCCAAAGCUGCUCAUGAUACUCCUGGUAUUCCUGAAUCUGUUGCAGAGAAAGCUGAAGAGACAAAGGAAAUUGCUGAAAAGGUGGAAGAGGUCAUUGGCACAGUAGAGCUUGUUGCAGAGAAGGUUGAGGAAAUUGCAGAGGAGAUUAAAAAGGAAGCAGAGGCUAUUGAAAGUAAAGCAAUGGAACUGAUAGAGAGUAAAGAAAAGAGAGAAGAACUCAUAGAAAAAGCCAUUGAUUAUGUGACUGGACAAAUACCUGAAGAACUUACAAGUACAGUGGUUCAGGAGUCCAAACCAGUACCCUUAGAUGAGGAAGUUAAACAAACUGAAGAAGUAAAGGUAACAGAAGAGGCGCCAGCUGCAGAAGUGAAGGAGGCGGAAGUUGCUGCAGAUGAAAGUAUUGAGAAGAUCGGAUUGGUUGGUAAACUUAUGCAGUUCUUCUCUAAUGAAGAGAAGACACCAGAGCCAGUAGAACCAGUGGUAAAAGAUGCUCUGGUUGAAGGUGGAGAAAUUGUGGAGGAAAAAGUUGCAGAAGUGGUGAGUGAAGUAGCCCAAAGUGUAGAGAAAGAUGCAGCAGAUAUAUCUAAGGUUACACAAGUUGUAGAAGAUGUUAGUACAAAGGUUGAAUCAGUUGUAGAUGUGGUUGAAGAAGCUGCAGUUGCUGCUGCCACAGCUGCUCAUGAAACACCUGGUAUUCCUGAAUCUGUUGCAGAAAAGGCUGAAGAAACAAAGACCAUAGCUGAAAAGGUGGAAGAGGUCAUUGGCACAGUAGAGCUUGUUGCAGAGAAGGUUGAGGAAAUUGCAGAGGAGAUUAAAAAGGAAGCAGAGGCUAUUGAAAGUAAAGCGGUUGAACUGAUAGAGAGCAAAGAAAAGAGAGAAGAACUCAUAGAAAAAGCCAUUGAUUAUGUGACUGGACAAACACCAGAAGAACUGAAAAGCACAGAUGUGAAAGAACCUGAAGUAACACCUAUAGAAGAGGCACCAGCUGCAGAAGUGAAGGAAGCGGAGGUUGUUGCAGAAGAAAGUAUUGAGAAGAUAGGAUUGGUUGGUAAACUUAUGCAGCUGUUCUCCAAUGAAGAGAAGACACCAGAACCAGUAGAACCAGUGGUAAAAGAUGCUUUAGUUGAAGGUGGAAAAAUUGUGGAGGAAAAAGUUGCAGAAGUGGUGAGUGAAGUAGCCCAAAGUGUAGAGAAAGAUGCAGCAGAUGUACCUAAAGAAGCAGAAGUUGUGGUUGAAGAAGUAAAGACAGAAGAGGAGGCACCAGUUGCAGAAGUGAAGGAGGCUGAAGCUGUUGCAGACAAACCUACUGAGAAAAUAGGAUUGGUUGAUAAAGUAAUACAGUUCUUCUCCAGUGAGGAGGAAAAGCCAAUUCAGAAAGCAGCAGAUGAAGUAAUUACAGCAACUGAAGUAGUUGAAGAGAUUAGUAAGAAGGUGGAAUCAGUUGUAGACGUUGUAGAAGAAGCUGCAGAUGCUGCUGCCAAAGCUGCCCAUGAUACUCCUGGUAUUCCUGAAUCUGUUGCAGAGAAAGCUGAAGAGACAAAGGAAAUUGCUGAAAAGGUGGAAGAGGUCAUUGGCACAGUAGAGUCUGUUGCAGAGAAGGUUGAGGAAGUAGCACAAGAAACUAAAAAGGAAGCAGAGAUUAUUGAAGGUAAAGUAGACACAUCUCAGGCAGAAUCUGGUUUGUUUGGUCAGCUGGUUAGCAUCUUCUCUAAAAAAGAAGAAAGUAAAGAGGAUGUUCCACCUGCUCCUGAGGCAGCAGUAGAGCCACAGGAACCAGAUACAGUUGUUACAACUGAAAUUACAGAAAAGUCAGAUUCAGAAGGGGCCAAGGAGACUUCCACUGACAUUGUAAAUACUGAUGAAACCGUUUCUACCUCAUUGAAACCUUCAGAAACCAUUGAUGAUUCUGCACCUGUGGUUGACGAGCUCGUGUCAUCUGAAUCUGCAAAGAAAGAAACUUUAGUGGAGAAAAUUGCAAGUUUGUUUGGUGAGAAAAAAAACGACAGUAAGCAGACAGCUGGUGUGACUUCCGAUAGUAGUAAGGAAAUUCAUGCAUCUGACUCUCCAACAGAGGCUGUUCCAGAACCGGUAGCAGUUGGUGAUUCCUCACCCGAGGGAGCGACAUCUGUGUCAGGACCUUCAGAGGAGUCCCAGACCGGAGCUGAUGUGAAGCAAGAAGGCAAGGACGUCAUCGUUCAGCUGACACCAACUCCUGUAGAGAAGGAUUACGGGCAGAGCAACCCCGAAGAUGCUGACAUGUACACCACACGGAGCUAGAUGGAGACUGCUGCCAGGAGGGGGAUGAAUGGGAUGGGGUCCUUUGAAGAUCUAGGUCUUAUUUCAUAACAGUAGUGGGGUAUAAGCAGAAGGGGAGAGUGGUCUGGGUAGUCAUUUUUCCACGAGGAAGGGCUUAUAAUUCUUGUUAUUAUUAAUUGUUUGUAUUGUAUGUUUGGGCAAUUUUUUUUACUUGGGUUUCAGAGGUCUUUAUUGAGAUUUAAUUAGUAAUUUAACAAUUAAUCUUACGUUCAUUAGAUUUAUGCACCUAUAUUUUUAAUCUUCAUUGCAGUAUGUUUAAUAAGGCAAUUUAGCUAAGGAAACUGACAUUUUCUCUGUAAUCUCACUGUUCAUUGGACAAAGCUUUUCAUAUUGAUAUGAUUAUUAAACCUCUAGAUAACAUGGAUCAGCCCUAUGAUUAUUUUAUUUGUAUUCUUUAAAUAAUUCAAUUUAACUGAAAGAAUGUAAAGACAGAAAUGAUUUGGUAGGUGACAUGCAGCUCCCUGGGAAAUGACAUCUGUGUAUAUACCUUUUCUCAAUAAAAAAUAUUGGAUGUAUAUUUAAAA